CUGAGUUGUUUUUAUUUUAGCUUUAGCAUCGUGAAAACUGAACCGGAUGACUAACGCGUCGGAGUUUAGAGUAAAAACUGAUUCUGUAAAUAAUUUUUCGACUUGUAAUGUAAUGUUAGCAGUCAGUGUAACAUCAAAAUGACUUCGGCUAUACUGUCGGCCUUAAAUAUCCUCACCAGACCCGUGAACGAGGCCUGUGGACCCGAUGCUCAGUCGUCUCAGCAGCAGGUUCUUCUGGCGGCUCUGGAGGCCAACAGGACUCUUCUGCUGCAGCGUCUCCAGACUGAGAGCAGCUUGGAGGAGGUGAGGAGGCUUCGGGAGGAGGUGAAGGUGGAGGCCGGCUGGUUCUGCAGCGACACGGAGGACGUCACCUGGAGCUUCGUCCAGGAGUGUCUGCUGCUGCUGCUCGCUCUGACCCGACACCUCUCUGAAGAACUGGAGCGUUUCCAGCAGACUCCGCCUCCUCCUGCAGCCCGACACCGCACACCUGAGCUGGCUCCACCUUUACCCCCCGACAUCCUCAGCGUCGCCCAGCAGAAGACGCUCGGAGCUGCUCUACAGUUCGUUGUAUCUCUGGGUCUCUGUCCCUACCUGUCCCCAGGUGUGGGCAUCCCUCUGGGCCGAAGGUUCACGUUUGGAGCCUUGGUGGAGAAGCUGGUCCAUGGAGGGGCGGAGCCUGCAGGGGGACGCCGCCUUCUCACCACCACUAACGUCCUGCUGCAGCUGACUGAGCUGUCCUCUCUGGCCACGCUGGUGUUCACCAGACAUCUGGGGGACGUGAUGGCGGCGCUGUGUCAGCUGGGAUACCAGCCUCACCGAGAGGAGCAGAGGCCGCUCACAGUUGAAGAGUGCCGAUCGUGUAAAGAGGCCCUCAGGAAGCUGCUGGCUAAAGUCUACCAGCCGAUCGUCGUCAAGGAGCUGCUGAUCCUCCAGGGAGGACCCAAGCAGUCUGCUGCAGCCGUGACCUCCGGUGGGUCCAGCAGCAGCAGGGCAGGUCUGGGAUCAGCUCCAGCCUGGUUGAGGCGUCUGUGUGGUCAGCUGCUGUCUGAGCGUCUGAUGCAGCCCAACGGCGUCCAGGCUGUCGUCAGAGCUGUUCUGGAGGGAGGAACAGGGGGCGACUCUGACUGGAGGAAAUGUGACGCUGUGGCUCGGAUCCUGGUCGCCUGUCCUCAGCAGUCCACAUCUGCAGAUGCCUACUUCAGGAACAUCUGUCCUCAGAUCCUGGAGCUCAUGCACUUCAAAGACAAGUUGACAGCUCAGCAGUUCCAGAGAGUUGCCACCAGGGCGGCGUUGUCCAUAGUUCAGGAGAGGAGCAGCUUCGGCCAACAGUUCCUGCUGCGCCCCCUGCUGGCAGCACUGCAGCGCUGCACCACCCCGUCCAACCAGGAGGAUUCUCAAGUUGCUGUAGAAGAAUCAGAACUGACUCGAUGUGUGGAGGAUGUCUACAAGAUCUGGGUGGUUGGAAACAGUCCAUCGGUUUCUCUCCUGGAAGCUCUGGAGGAAGUUCUUCCUGUCGUCUUCACGCUGUUCUGCUUCACCAAGAAGAACGUCUCCCACCUACGCGCCCCCUGUCAGGAGAUCUUGGUGUGGUAUCUGAGCCACGCCGAGUCGUCUGCAGGUUUGUCGAUGAUCAGGCAGCUUUCAGGCCUGGAGGAACAGAAAAACGAGGUGGCGGCGGGUUUCCUCUUCACGCCGGGCAGCGAUGGAGGAGCUAGACUGGUCUGUAGAGGAAGCAGCAGCGACGAGGACGAUGAGCUGUACGAGAAGCUGUCAGGGGAACAGUGGAGACUGGAGUGUCUGAUGCAGAUUCUGUCUGAGCUCAAAGACUCCGACCUGCCGGGGGACUUCUUCCUGGAGCUGCUGCAGGAACUGACCAGCUGGGCGGCUGCAGCUGAUGAUGAGGAGAAGAUGGAUGAAGAGCAGCCGGAUGUGUCCGCCAUGACGCUGCUGGAGGUGGAGCAGCAUCUGCUGGGUGGAGCUGAGAGACGAGCCCAGAAGGUGGUUCUGCUGCAGGUUCUGGCCGUGAUGGUGGAGAGCUUACAGCACACCGAGCUGCUGAGGAGAACCUCACAGGUGGUGGACUUCAUGGUGACCCUCCUCCAGAGGGCCUGUGUGGGCCUCGAUCAGGCCAGCCCGCCACGUGUUGGGAACCCGGUGGAGAGCCAGACUCUGAGCAUGGGGAUGGGUCUGGUGGCCACGAUGUUGUCUGGACCUCAGGUCAGUGCAGACGACUACUCGUCCAUGUCGAAGCUGCUUCCUCCUCUGCAGGCUUUAUCUCAGCAGCAUCCAGACGUCUUCAUCCAGGAGCUGGCGUCCAACCUCAGAGCCGUCAUCGCGACUCAUGGCGCCUUCCGGCCUGAAAACCUCAACACCACCGCUGGUUCAUCCUCCAGAAACCCUGAAUCAACAGCAAACGACAUCAGUGGAGCUAAGACUCCUGUCAACAAACUCCCAGCAUCCUCUGCAGGAUCUACAAGAAAGCCCACCAGUGACCCUCCUAGCAAGCCCUUCUGUGAUUGGCUGCUGGAGGCCUGUGACCCGGAUGUGCCGACCAGAGCGUUCGCCCUGAGGGUCCUGAACCAGAAGGUGCACCACAGAGACCCGGAGGCCGUCCAGAACCAGGAGAAAGUCCUCACGCUUUUCUUGGAAAAUCUGGAGCAUGAAGACUCAUUCAUCUACCUGUCAGCCAUCCAAGGUCUGGCUGCUCUGGCUGAUUCCUAUCCUGACAGGAUCCUGGAGAGGCUCCUCAAAGACUUCCAGCUUGGACCCUCGCUGUCUUCGUCCGACCGCCAGCGCUGCCUGGAGACCCGGCUGAAGCUGGGAGAGGUUCUGAUGAGGGCGAGCCGGGCCAUGGGAGAUCUGGCCCCUCACCUCGGCCGUCCUCUGCUGGGCGUCUUCCUGCAGGGAACCAGAGAUCCGGAUCAGACGGUCCGAGCCAGCAGCCUGUCCAACCUGGGAGAACUGUGUCAGAGGAUGGACUACAGUCUGGGACUGCUGGCUCAGGAGUUGAGUUCCUGUCUGACGGCUCUGAUAAAGACAGAAAAAGAAGCAGAGGUGAGGAGAGCCGCCGUCCACGUUAUCGCCCAGCUGCUACGAGGCCUCAGCGACAAAACCACUCAGGUUCUCAGUGAAGUUCUGUUGGACCUGUACCGGGCCCUGAAGCUGGUGCUUCGCUCAGACCCAGACGAGGUGGCGGUUCUUCACGCUCAGCUGGCCCUGGAGGAGCUGGACGACGUGAUGAGGAGGUUCAUCUUCCCCGAGCAGAAGCUGGAGAAGAAGAUCGUUGUCCUGCCGUAGAACUCCUCCUGGUGUCGGUUCUGCUUCCUUGUAAAGUGGAUUUUAUAUUCUGGAGUUUUCAUCCGUCUGUUAGAUCCUGAAGAAGCAACAAAAACCAAACCACCAACAAACUGUUGACAAAAUAAAGUUUUAAACACCAA